AUGGCCAAGCCUACUUCUUCUGACAAGAGCGGACAGAAAAAACCUACCGCGGUUCGCCUGCACGAAGGCACGCGGAUUCGCGUCGUGUGGCCGCGCGACAACCGAUGGCACGCGGGAUUCGUGAAAAAGUACGACGCGAAGAAGGCGCUUCACACGAUCGUGAGCGACCACGGCGACAGCAAGCGACUGGACCUGCGAACCACGCGAUGGGAAUUCGAAGACCCCAACGCCGACCCGUCCAAGUUUCUCCGCCCGAGAGGCACCCGCGGGAGGAAAAAGGCGUCCGCUGCGGCGGGGACAGCCGCGGGAGCAACAUCGGCUCUACCACAGCUUUUCCCAGUCAGCGGUUCCCGCUACGCGUCGUCGAACGCGGCUGCGAGCUCUGAUUCGGGCGACUCGUCGGACCCAAGCUUCGGACAUGUUGACAGCCGGGCUUACGGAGCGGCGCAUCCCGCCGAGGAGCACCCUGCAGAGUCGUACGAAGAGGGAGAGUUUGUUCAUCGGGGCCUGCGGACCCGGAAGAACCGCCAGUACGUGGUCAGUGACGAUGAGUCCGGCGACGGUGAUGACGUGGCAGAUGAUGCUGACGAGGACACUGAGAUUGAAAGUGAUUAUGAAGAAGACGAGGGCUUGGGUUCCGACUCGGAGUGUGAUUAUACCGAGGGAGCGGUGGAUUCAUCGGCUGGAAGAAAGAGGCGGUUGAGUGAAGGGCACACGUUUGGGACUGAGUCGGCGGAGACGAAGCGAUGCAAGAAGGAAGGGUCGUUCUUCACUCUCACCGAGGUCGCGUGGCAGCAGCAACAGUCGCAGGAACCGUCGCACCCGUCGCUACCGUCGCAAAAGGCUUUGAAGGCGAAGAGGCCCGUGGGUCGUCCGCGAAAGGUGGUGGCAUCCGGUUUGGCCCAAGCCGCCGAGCCUGCUACUGACGAGGAUACCACCAUGGACGAAAUGAUGCUCAUUAUGGCGGUAGCGCGUCGGCUUGUAAAGGACAAGUGCGGUCUGCCUGCUGCCUGCGAUGCGCUCAAGUUGUCCCCCGUUGCCGCGAAGCUCAGGGACAGCAGCGCGUCGGGCGCUGCGGCAAAGGAGAUUAAGGAGAGCGGAAGCACACGCUUUAACGGAGACAAGGCGGCGAUGGGAAGCGCGGAUGGCGGUAUGGUGGAGGGACACAUGGAGGACUCGAUCAAGGACCUGAGAGCGGUUCAUGUCCUCCCCGUUACAUCUUCCGGCCCAGGGGCUGCUGCUAGUGGAUUUCGGUUUAUGUCGGGGAUGGAAUCGUGUGCGCGUGCGAUGUGGCCCUGCAGCCAGGGUCGCGUGGUGGUGAGGGCAGCAGCGUCGUCUGUGGUCCCUGCUCAGGGUGGUGCCAUCCGAGCGUAG